AUGGUUCCAUCAAUGGCGAGGAAGCGCAAGGCAUCCGACUCCGACGACGUCUCUGACACUGACAUCGACGCCGGCAUACCUCUAUCACUAGCUUCGACGGACGCGUGGACGACGUCCACGGUUGCGGCUGCGACGGCGGCGAGGCAGCAGCAGCGGGGUAGGAAGCGGUUCGUGGGCGUGCGGCAGCGGCCGUCCGGCCGGUGGGUGGCGGAGAUCAAGGACACGAUCCAGAAGAUCCGCGUGUGGCUCGGCACCUUCGACACCGCCGAGGAGGCCGCCCGCGCCUACGACGAGGCUGCCUGCCUCCUCCGUGGCGCCAACACCCGCACCAACUUCUGGCCCCGCCCCUCGCCGCCCGCCGCCUUGCAGCCGCCGCCGCCGGCUAUGUUGUCGAUGCAGGCGCCGGCGUUGCCUUCCAAGGUCUCCAACCUCCUCCUCCUCCGCCUCAAGGCCCGCAACCAGCAGCUCCUCCUCAACGACGCCACGGCGCCGCAAGAGGCUGCACUGCUGCAGCAGCAGAUGCAGAAGCAGAUGUCCUCGUCGACGUCGUCGUGCCAAGAAUCAUACAUCCAUGGCCGUGACGACGAGUACUGCUUCCAGGUAGACGACUUUCUGAGCGAGGAGUGCAACAACUCGCCAGAAAUGGAGGAGGAAGAAGAAGAGGUGGAGGAAGAAGAAGAGGCGGAAGAGGAGGAGGAGCUGGACUUCCAGUUCAUGGAUAAGUCGACGGUGGCGGGAGAUGAGGACGCCGGGCUCUGCUCCCCGUUCGAGAUGGUCGCCGCAGAGCUCGGCGGCUCGGCGCCGGUGGAGGCUAACGACGUGGACGGCGAGCCUGCGACGGCGGUGCAGGAGGCGAUGAGGAGGAUGGACUACGAGAGGAAGGUGUCCGCAUCGUUCUACGCGCUCAGCGGUGUGUCUGAGUGCCUUAGGAUGCGCCUCGGCGGCGCCUCCGCCGCGCACGACCAGCUCUCCGGCCUGCGCAAGGCGUGCCGCAAGAAGCAGAGGGUGGCGAUGCAGCAGCCAGCAUCGGAGCAAUCCUCGGGAUCAGCAGCUGCUGCUGCUGCUGAUCAUGGCACGGAGGAGGAUGGUAAAGCUUACGUGCAAGAGGAGUGUUCAGGCAGCAGCAGCGGCAGCAGCAGCCUCACAGAGGCGGCGAGCUCGUCGUCACCGGAGGCGGCGAACGUCAGCAGCGACGGCGACGUGCUGCUGUGGAGCUCCCUGGAUCUGGCGCCCAUCUGCUACAUGGCAUAG